AUGGUGGAGAUGCGGACGGAAGCAGAUAGUGGUGGUGGUGGUGGUGGUGGUGACAAGAAACCGGCGGAGGCAAUAUUUAAGAGUACUGAGUUACAUUCAACGAUGGGACCUCAGGCACAGUGGAUCUACAUUGUGCAAGUCAAUCACCAGUAUGAUGACACACUGAGUGAAGAAAUGAGUUGCAAAUACAAAGUCGCCCCACUAUGGGAGACUGGCGGUCAAAUGUGGUUCAAGUAA